AUGUCCGUCUUGGACGGCCACACAGACGCCUCCUCUCCCGCUGCGCUCGCUGCUCACACCCGACAGCGGCCCUCUCUCGCACCCUCGACCCUGCCAGAGCACUUGGCAACAAACAAUGCCCCUCUAGACGACACCAUCACGCCUAGGACGUCCCUACUCGCCCUCUGUCGACUGCGAUGGCUCUGGGACCAGCACAGGGCCCUCUCCUUUGCCCUGCUCGACGUCCUGGACAUCUGUAGCCCGCUUGGACACCCUUCCAUGCAAGUGCGACGCCUCCCUCGCCCGGAUAGGCGCCCGACGCUCCCUGUCUUGGGCAGCUUGCCAGCCGGCUCUCCUCCCGCGCCGUCGACCACGAACACCCACCACACGUACACACACGCAUGCCAGGCCAUCCUGCAUGCUCUCCAAGACGUCGCACUUGCCCCCAAGGCCGUUGCAGGCCGCUGCUUUACGAUAUUGAUCUGGGACAACGUAUUCCAUUCCUACGAUACCCUACGACUACUACAAGACCGACUACAAGCCCUACCAGCCGUGACAUCCUCCGCGCAGACGUCCACGCACUGCGACGUCGUACGGGCGCCUAUCUGA